ACUUUCUGCUCCAGCUCCCGUCGCCGCCGCCGCCGCCGCCACCUCCUCGUCGUCCCCCUCUGCCCGCAAGCGUUGUUCUCUGCAGCGGAGGAGAGAAGUGCUAUGUCAGGAAAGUUCCGGGAGGGACUGGAUGGGGCCAUGCUCCCGGGGCUCUUCUGCAGGCGCCCGCGCGCUGCCCUUUGUAUGAGGCAAAUGGAUUCCUGUGGGAGAUGGAACUCUUUGUCCAUUUUCCAGAAUGUGUUUCCAAGCCUGUCAGUGGAACCUGACACAGCUGUUUUGUGUUGAAAUGCUUGAAGGACACCUGCAUCUCUGCCUGCAUCUUCCAUCUUACCAAAACCAUGGCCUUCUCUGCGGUGUUGCCUGCGUCCCACACUGGGGCAUCCAACACGACGUUUGUAGUCUAUGAAAACACCUACAUGAAUAUCACGGUCCCUCCGCCAUUCCAGCAUCCCGGCAUCAGCCCACUGCUCAGAUACAGUUUUGAAACCAUGGCUCCCACUGGUUUGAGUUCCUCGACAGUGAAUACUACAGCUGUGCCCCCAACACCAGCAGUUUUUAAGAGCCUAAACUUGCCUCUCCAGAUCAUCCUUUCUUCUAUGAUGAUAUUUAUUAUGUUUGUGUCUUUUCUUGGGAACUUCGUUGUUUGCCUCAUGGUUUACCAAAAAGCUGCCAUGCGGUCUGCAAUUAACAUCCUCCUUGCCAGCCUGGCUUUUGCAGACAUGUUGCUUGCCGUGCUGAACAUGCCCUUUGCCCUGGUAACUAUUCUCACCACCAGAUGGAUUUUUGGGAAAUUCUUCUGUAGGGUGUCUGCUAUGUUUUUCUGGUUGUUUGUGAUAGAGGGAGUAGCCAUCCUGCUCAUCAUUAGCAUCGAUAGGUUCCUUAUUAUAGUCCAAAGGCAGGAUAAGCUAAAUCCAUAUAGGGCUAAGGUUCUGAUUGUAGUUUCUUGGGCAGCUUCUUUUUGUGUAGCUUUUCCUUUGGCUGUAGGAAACCCUGACCUGCAGAUCCCUUCCCGAGCCCCCCAGUGUGUGUUUGGGUACACAACCAAUCCAGGUUACCAGGCUUAUGUGAUUUUGAUUUCUCUCAUUUCUUUCUUCAUACCCUUCCUGGUAAUACUGUAUUCGUUUAUGGGCAUACUCAAUACCCUUCGGCACAAUGCCUUGAGGAUUCAUAGCUACCCCGAAGGUAUAUGCCUCAGCCAGGCCAGCAAACUGGGUCUCAUGAGUCUACAGAGACCCUUCCAAAUGAGCGUCGACAUGGGCUUUAAAACACGUGCCUUCACGACCAUUUUGAUUCUCUUUGCCGUUUUCAUUGUCUGCUGGGCCCCGUUCACCACUUACAGCCUUGUGGCAACGUUCAGUAAGCAGUUUUACUACAAGCACAACUUUUUCGAGAUUAGCACCUGGCUGCUCUGGCUCUGCUACCUCAAGUCUGCCUUGAACCCACUGAUCUACUAUUGGAGGAUUAAGAAAUUCCAUGACGCCUGCCUGGACAUGAUGCCUAAGUCCUUCAAGUUUUUGCCGCGGCUCCCUGGUCACACGAGGCGGCGGAUACGCCCCAGUGCUGUCUACGUGUGUGGGGAACAUCGGACGGUGGUGUGAAUGUUGGAACUGUCAGACAUUUGAGGUCACGAUUGUUCUUUAUUGACUGGAUUUUGUUUCACAUGGCUUCUCCACUUACACGUCAUUGUUUUUUAUAGGGGUCGUGUGUGUGUGUGUGUGUGUGUGUGCAGUGUAAAGAAAGAAUGGUAAUUAGUUAUAAUUCUGUUACCAAGGAUACACAAUAGGAAACUGACCACAAAUGUUACCUUCAGGGUUCAAGAGAAAUGCUUGAUUUAGGGAGGGGAGAUGGUCUUUGGGGAUUUUUAUUAUUAUUAUUAUUGAUUUUGUUUUUGUAAUAGAAAUCAGGAUUGUGCUUUACUGAGCCUGCAAUUACAUUGAAUUGUAGGUGUUUUGUAUGCUGCUAAGGUAUACUUAGUGGAGUUUAUCAGUUCUUUUUUCUGGAAGACACUGCUGCUUUUUUACUCUCACAUUGGAGCCAAAACCCAUACAUCUCAGUUGAUGAAUAUUUAGUUUUAUUUAAAAUAAUAAAGGGGCUAGUGACAUUUUAAAGGUCAUUACUAUUUACUUUUGUGCACUUUAAGAAACAAUGUGCGAAUUAAUUCAGUCAUACUUUUUGGAAUUGUUUUUAUACAUGUGCUUUAGGGGAUGUGCAUUAUCAUCUUGAGGAAGAUAGUUCUUUAAAAAUUGUUUUAUUUGCAUGUACAGUUUUAAAGGAGAGAACAUAAAAAUGUAGAAAUUUUUCUAAGCACAAUAGUGACUCUUUGGAGCAACAGGGCAAAAUUGAGGAGACAGCGCGCACUUGCAAAUUUGAAAGGGGACUGCAGUGAGGGGGUGACUGGCACGGGCUGUGGCAGCUCCUUCCACUCAAGGAUUCUAGCCAAGAAUAGUAGGGAAAAAGGACCACCAUUUAUGGACACCUACCUUGUGCACUGUGUAUCAUUUUAUCCUCAUGGCAUUCUGGGAGGUAGGUAUUAUUUUUUCCUUUUUACAGAUGAGGAAAGAAAGUCUCAGGCACCUAAAAUCCAGCCCAAGGUUAGUGGUAGAGCUGGGAUCCAAAAAUCUGUCAGAAACCUGAGACUGUGCUGUUCCACUGUGCCACGCGGACACCUCAUUCACUUUAGAUAUUUUAUAGUCAAGAGGGAACUCUGUGUAUCCUUUAAUUUUGGGGGACUAAAACCUUCUUUUUAAAAAUAGCUUCAGUUUUUUAUUAGCAAAAGAAAUAUGAAACCAUUACAGAAAAUCUGGAUAAUAGAAAAGAAAACAUAAAAUCACUUACAGCUUUAAAGGGGAACUUUAAAAUCUUAGAUAAAUAAGUCUGUAAAGAAAAUAAGGUGAUAUUUUGAGGUGCAAAACAAGUGACUAACAAUUAUUGAGAAGUUAGAUACAGGUUUAUGUACGUCUUGCCCCUACAGGUUUGGAGGUGUCCAGUCAUCCAGCUGCAUUGGUCCUAAAAGUUCUGGACAGAACAGCGUUGUUGCCCCAGUGCUUACCCUAGCAGAGCUGGAGUUUGUGAACAUGCUCAGAGUUGUGUCUCCUACAGAGAAGGGAAGUGAAACUUUGGUCCGAGCCUAGAGCAAAUUUUAAUAGGGCAGGUCUGGGUUUCAUUAUUUUUCUCCUGCUGUCUGUCUGCCCCCAGGUGCAUCCAGGGCCUUUGGUCAGCUUCUCUCUGUAAAAUAGCACACAGGGAUGGGACUGCAGGCGAUAGCUAUAAGGGCUGAAAAGGUAGCUUCUUGGCUACAUCAUGGGAUAAAUAGAUGGGCAAGUUAACCAUGGACUUAUAGCAUCUGUUCAGAAUUUUAGUGCUUUAUGAGCCAAUGGAAAGAAAUAAGCCUCUGUUUCUUCAGUUGUAAAACCAGAGAGUUGGAUUAGAUGAAUCUCCAAGGUCCUGUCCACCUUUAAUGUGCUUUCCUCUAUGAGAGUAUAAAUUUUUGAAGAACCCAGCUGACUUCAGCAUCACUCUUUGGUCUCCAGUAUUACUUCUUUACAUUUUAUUCCAUUAGUUGUUUCUUAAAAUUGAAUGUCUGAAGAGCUCAUGGCACGGUUUCAAGAGUUAGGACAUUGGAAGGUCGAUGACAUCCUGAAAGAUGUAGGAAACCUUGCUCUUAAGGCAGUCGCAAUGGUGUUGGGACUCAUUGGUUAGUUAAAAAACUCUUGGGAUUCAAGCAUAUUAUUCAACAUGUUUUGGGAUCAUCUUCAGAUGAUAGUCAUCUACCUCUUUAGUUUCUAAUUUAUAUUAUUCACAGGUAAAAUUUGUAUUGUCCAUAGAUAUCUUAUAGGACGUAAACACUGUAGUAGAUACUAGUAGCACAUUGAAGUAUAUAAUGCUCUUCAUUUUCAAUGUAAACUGGAUUUCAAGCAGAUAAUAAUAGGCUAUUUGAGAUUAGACUUUCUCUGAGAAAAGUCAGCAUGAUCUGUAUUCAUCUUCCAUAGUGGUAAGUCUUGAGACUCCUUUUGUUUUCUUUGUUCUUGUUUUAUUAGCAGUCUUUAGGUACUUUUAUGCUGCUUAGUAGGCAGUGUCUCAUUUGGCGAGAGCUCUGGAGUGCCUGCUGAGAUGCUUGGUGUUGGAGAAAGAAGACUGUGAGAGGCCUUUGUGAGGACUCAGCAACAACACUGAAUAGCAGUUCUCUUUACACUGGAUAAUCUUGAUCAGAUGACAGUUUACAAAUCACUUUGAACAUUUUUAUUAUGUAUGCAUUCUGAAAGCUUUAAAAAAACGUACUAUGGUGCACCUUUGAGAAAUUUAGGUGCAGAAUUGUAUGUUGCCUAUUUCCCUAUAUUUUCUUGAGGGGAAAAAUACCACUACUAAUAUCACUGCUGACUGACAUAAUUUGACUUUGUUUUUUGUUUGUUUGUUUUUCUUUCUGGCUAAUAAGUAAGAAGCAUGAACAAGAUAAUGAAAUACUUGUGGUCAGAAGAGUCAACAGAAAUCCAAAAUAGUCUGGAACAGUGAUAUUUAAACUUUAAUAUGUGUUUUUAAGUAUCCCCAGGGGAGUGUUAACAAUACAGAUUCCUGGGUCUCCCAGAGGGUCUGCAGUUGGGCCCAGGAAUGUAUAUUUUUAUUUUUUUGAGCAACCUACAUGAUUCUGGUUCAGGUGGUCCCUGGCAUACACUUCAAGAAACACCGCUGUAGAAAAUAUAUCCAUUUAAAUAUUGUCUGUUCUAUUCCAAAACAUUUUGUUUUGUGUUGGAAGCCAUCAUCUCCUGGGCAUGGGUAAUCCACAUUGAGAGGUAAAUCUGCAUAUCAUUGGGCCUAAUUUGCUGCCACCUGUGUUAGUGCUGGAUCUCACUGGUUUUUACUUUACUUUCUUUCAACUGGCAAAAUUCUGAUAAACCCUAUAGUUUCACGCUAGAGCAAAAAAUGUGAUUUAAUAACUGAAAUUCUUGACUUUCCAGAGUCUAAUUACUCCAAUAUUUUCUUUUCUCCUGGAGAGAUGUCUUUAUGGUAUGUUAUUUCCUGAAGAGUAUGAGGGAAAUGUAAAGAUUCAUCUAAUUCCUGUUACUCUGCUUAUGCCAGUUGUGUUCAAUGGAAGCAUGAAGUAAAAUAAAGUACCUUUUUAACCUAUGCAUUUCUGUUGCUGACGAAGACAAUUUUUUCUUGAUUUUUGCUUUUGUUUACAUGGAAAUAUUUAUGUAUAUAUCACAGAAAAAGUUUCACUUGCUUGACAUUUUAUUUUAACAUGAUAUUUAGUUUAAGUUUAAAGAAUGCUAAAUUCAAAUUUAUUUUUGCAACUAUAGUCCCACUAAACUGCCUUCAUGGAAAACGCAGUUUUCAUAAUAAUAAAUAAAAUAAAUACCAAAGCACACAUUUGUUAUUGCAGGUAAAUCAUAAUAAAUUUCCUAGAUGUAUAUUAGUAGUAGUCCUUUGUAAUUAAAAUCAGUUUAUUUUACAAGAGUAUUGACCUGUAUGAAAAAAAAAACCUUGGAUUUUGAGUUAUAAUAUUUAAAUAUCAAGAAAUAUGUUAUUUGUGGAUAUUCUUAUUACAAACAAAAAAAGAGCUCCCAGUAAGAAAAUGAAUAAAUGUUUAACAUUUCUAAAGUGGAUUUUUUUAAAAGGACUACUUUAUCUUAUCUUAGAGAAGUUGUCAUGAAUAAUACUUUCUGUUAAAUUAAAAUCUGAGUUUAGUUUCAAA